AUGGCAUUGGAUGCUGGAACACGUCUUAUCGCUGCUCUCACGCGUAAUCAACAACGAUUCUCACCGAUACUUGGUUUUCCAUUAACAACACAAAAUGCUCGAUCACUUGAUAUAAGUGUUUCAAAUAAAGAAUUACAGAAAUAUAAACGUCACGAAGACUAUGUUAGAACACUUGACCAUGCAAAUUUUAUUUGGCUAGGUGGAUAUGGUGAAGAACGAAAUAUUUAUGCGCAAUCAACAUCGUAUUCACAAACAAAUCGUUGUAUACAUUUAGGUGUUGAUAUUACCUUGAAAUUCAAUACACCGAUUUACACGCCUUUUCUCGGACGUGUUCAUAGUUUUCAAAAUAAUAAUCAACCAUUUGAUUAUGGUCCAACAAUCAUUCUCGAGCAUGAUCUGGAAGAAAAUGUUCACUUUUACACACUCUAUGGUCAUUUAAGCACAGUUAGUUUGGAGAAUUUAACUGUUGGGCAAACGUUCGAAGUUGGUCAACUUCUGGCAUAUAUCGGAGAUAAAUCAGAAAACGGUGGAUGGAAUCCACAUUUACAUUUUCAAAUCAUAUCGGACAUGGGAGAGAUGAAAGGCGAUUAUCCAGGUGUUGCAUCGAAAAUUGAUGCACCUACGAUGCUGCAUAAUUGUCCUGAUCCUCAAUUUAUUCUUGGUUUUCCUGAGAAGCCAAUCAUUUAUUAA